AUUGCAACGAAGCUCGCGCGAUACAUGCCCUCCUCCUUUCUUCAAUAUUCCGUAACGCUGAAACCUGACUGCUGGCUCCUGUGAGAUGACUCUAUUACUGUGUUACUAACUGUGGCGAAUUAUUCAAACCUGGAAAAUUAUGGAACACGACAAGUCCACCCCCGCACAGACUGAUAUCAAGAAACAGAGCAUUGCCCCGAAAAUUUAAACUUAGUAUAUUAAAGAUUGGCGGUUUAUUUGCGUAGUAGCAAUGCAUGAGAUUAUAACGCUACAGCUUGGUCAGAGGAGUAAUUACCUCGCGACCCAUUUUUGGAACUUCCAGGAAUCGUACUUUACAUACUCCGCGGAUGAGGAAUCCCCUGUUGAUCAUGACGUUCAUUUCCGUCCGGGGAUUGGUGCAGAUGGGGCUGAAACCUUCACCCCUCGAACUGUAAUCUAUGAUCUGAAAGGCGGCUUUGGCACGCUGCAGAAAUAUAAUGCUCUUUAUGGCUUGGAAGAAGAUGCUGGAUUGCCUAGGGGCUUAUGGGAUGGCAAUAAGGUCGUGCAUCGCCAGCCCGCCAUUCCACAGACUGAGUACCAGAAAAAUUUAGAUGUUGGACUCCCGCUACCUCAACUUAGAGCUGAGUCAGUACGGUACUGGUCAGAUUUUAAUAAAGUGUACUAUCAUCCCAAGUCUAUUGUUCAGUUAAAUGAAUAUGAGCUCAAUUCUCAGCUGAUGCCCUUUGAGAACUGGGAAAUUGGUGAAGAUCUGUUCCGAUCUCUAGAUCGCGAGCACGAUAUUCUCGACAGGGACUUUCGGGCUUUCGCAGAGGAAUGUGAUCAGAUGCAAGGUAUCCAGAUCUUCUCCGGAACUGAUGAUGCUUGGGGAGGCUUUGCCGCCAGAUAUGUGGACAGAUUGAGAGAUGAGUUUGGAAAGAAAAGUAUAUGGUUCUGGGGACUAGAAGACGGGUCAAGGGUUCAACGUCAAAAGCAAACCGUAUCCAACGCCAACUCGGCAAAGUCUGUCAAUGAAAUAUCUCCGCAAACAUCAGCCUAUAUCCCCAUUUUGGACCCCCCUCAAAACAUACCAGAAUAUGUGCACUCUGACCUGCGAUCAGAGUGGUAUUCCUCCGCCCUCGUUUCCACCGCUGUAGAGAGUGUUGGUUUACCUACACGCCUCCGAUCUCACCGGGGGGCUAGUUUCUGGCUGCCAGCGCAAGAGCGUCCGCAAAAGAUUUUCAGUCUCCAAGCCGCCAUUCUCUCAGAACAUCAACCAGAGUCCGACAAAACCCCUGACCAAGAUCGUAAAACAUUAAUAGCGGAAGAUGAGGUCGAUGAAGACGAAAUCCUUCUUAAAGGAUUCGAUCUUGAUUUCUCUUGGUCUAGUUCCGCGCGUGCUAAAAAGCUGCACGUUUUUGGCCAAGUUCAAAUCAGUCGUGGAUUCGAUGCGCAAACAAAUCUUGCGUCAAAACCCCCAAGCCAGCCAAGUGUUAUCCAUUCGUUAAGAUUGCCAGGAGCUCUACAGACAUACCACACUCGCCUUACCCUCCCGCUCCUUGACAGUUUCCCCGGUGAUCUAUUUACAGGCAGAGGCGCUGCAAGCUCCGGGCUGAGCAUCCGUGCGUCCCUCUCUACGACAACCGAAAUUGGGGACAAAGUGAAGGAUUUACAGAAGGUCGCGUCCAGGUUAAUAGGGAUCGAUGAACGAGAAGCGUUGAUCAAUGGGCUAGGAGAGAUUUCCGAGGCUUAUCAGGGACGAUGGGAAAGCGAUUCUGAUUCCGGAGAUGAUUACUGAACUGUUCUACUUUUAUGCUUUGGCCACUUGGAAAAUUGUUUCGUGCUCUUGCACAUGGCUAGUUACUGCGGUUGUAUAAUUAAGUCGAUUCCGGCAAUCUAUGACCUGCUUUUUGUCGCUAAGGUACUGGAACAAUGCAUUCCCCUGCCUAGGGGGGCCAGGUGGACAUGGAUAGAAAACAACACUUAGCCAUCCAAACCCAGGAUCUACUAUUACUACAUAUACUGUACCGUACCUCAUGCUCAACGUUGGGUUUGAUGCAGAUAAAUAUUGUUUAGGGUGCAGCGGCAAAAGAAGCACAUAGGGGACGACAUAGUUUGCAGGGUUUCGAUAAGCUCUAAAGUAAUUCAUACGUUGGAGCUAGGUCGUAGGUCUUUCUGGCCACCGAUUUUAACUACAUACUCGCUGGUCUGCCAUUUGCAUUCUGGCCCUUAAUCAGCCGCCCUUUGCCUCCCUUUGUUCUGCCAUACUCUGUAUAUGUAGUUAGUGGUGCAUAUAACUUAAUAAUUCAAUCUCCAAACCAAGUUAAUAUGUAAAACAUGUCCGAU